AACAUGCUGACUGAGUCUGAGAGGAGGUUUACACACUUUAAAAAAAUAUAUAAAUGACCGUGGAUAAAUUAAACCUAAAGAUACAAAAUGUCAAUGAAUUCAAAUGACGCAGAAAUCCCUAUCGACUCAUUCGAGGAAUUCCUUAGACGUCAAAAACUGGUAGAGUGGCCUGAGACUAUCAGGAAAUAUGUGCAGUUGCCAUCAGACUACCAUUUCAACUCUGUAGAGGAAAUAGACGAGUAUUUGAAAAAAAUGGUACCAUUUCCAGUGGAAAUAGCUACAUCUAUCUCAACGCUUGUAGAUGAAGUAUGGGGGAGAGUGAAGGAAAAUGAUGCCAUUUUAUCAAAAGCUUUUAUUAAACCAACAGGAUGUCGAACCAGAGCCACACCCAAAUCAAACAAUCACCCUUAUCCAGACUUAGUUGCAAAAGCACAUAAGAAAAUUAAAGAACAGAUUGAAACAGUGCCCCUGUGUCCAGAUGUCAUGGAGUUUGAAUUCCCUGGAUUUUCAAAUUUAGAGCAUACUGAUAUUCCAGGGCUUCCCAGUACUUCUCUGCAUUUGGACCAUAUUUCAGAGGCACAAGGCUUUAAUCCAGGCUUCUUGAAAAUCUGGAAACCAUUUUUUCUCUCUGAGCAUUCCAUCAUUGUCUUCAAGGAUACAUUUUGGUGGUUUUUCCUUCAUCGUUUUAAGCCCAGUCCAGAGGAUGAAAGUGCCCUAUUUGACUCUAUCGCUACUGGAUUUGUCUCACUUCUGUUGAUGGUUUUCAAUGAUGUGAAAGACAAAUUAUUCAAGGUCUACGCUGACUGUUUAGCUCAGGCAAUUUAUGCUGCUUUCUGUGGGGCGUUUCCACAGUCAAAGGAGCAUUUUCAUGAUGACUUCAAAACUGAGCUGACUGAGGUGACCUCUCUGUGGGUAUCAGGUGUAAAGCCCAAACUUUUGUCAUGGAAGAACUGGAAACUUCAGUGGUCGACUCCAGCAAAGGAUGCUGUCAAGACAAAAAAAGCCUCAGUUUGCGACUUCCAGGCCGACCUGACCGAGCGCAUUGCCAGUGCCAUGAGGUCCGGCGUGGUGCAGGCCCACACCCCCACCAUCAGCAGGAGAAGCUGCGCUGAGGUGGGCAGCCAUGGCAGGAACCGAGAGUCACACUACAUUGGCCCGGGACCUCAGUUUGACCAUAUCUACUUCAAGCCCUGGGGUCAGAGCCCACUGGUGGCCCGCUACCUCCAGCUCCAUGGCAUCCCCUCCACGGCCGGCUCCAGCUCACGCAAGGUCAAGCGCACAGAGAUCGCCACGGUACCUCCAGAGAAACCCACGUACCAGGAAGUGAUCAGUGAAACGCAGGGCAAGAUCAGCAAAUGGCGCUGGAAUUAUAACCAGUUUUCUAAGCAGACCAAUGAGGCAAUUGCUGGGAUACACAAGAGAAGGCACCUCAAAUUUGUGGAAAUAAAUAGGCUUCAGAAGCAGCUAAUGAACAGAGCAGAGAUAAAAAUCUACAGUGAUGGCAUCAUGAACAAAUGGCACUGUGCUGCAGACAGUACGAACCACAGACAUCGGCUGAAGCCCAGCGCUGGCCAGAAGGGUGACUCAGACGAGAGCCGAAACGCAGAGGAGAACCCCAAAGCCCCCGAGCAGCCGGGGGAGCAGGCCUGACCACACGGCUCUCACAUUCAUUUACACAGCACAGCUUCCAAGUCUUUUGUUUAAAAAAUAUGCGUGUCAGGAACAAAAAUCCUUCAAGUGUCUGUGAAAUCCUUCACAUUUUUGGCUCUAGGCUCUUUAAGGCUUUAAGAAUAAAUGCUAUUUAGUUCAUGUCCAUUAGUUUUACAGCAAAUUUGAGAAAUAAUACUAGUUUUACUCCUGUAGCUGUUUUUAACGACAGGCCAAAAAGCCAGUGGCUAACGCGUAUUUGCUAGCUGUGUUUAUGUUGCAUGAGUGUUGUGCUGCGAGGUAUGGGCUGGACAGACUGGCCUGUUACCUGUCAAAGAGGCAUCAGGGAAGUAAGCAUUUUAUGACAGAGGCGACACACUGGCAUGACAACCCUACAUCCUGUUCCACGGGAAGUCAUAAAAGAGGGGCCUCUCCUGGAGUUAGAUUACCUUCUACUGUAGUAUAGCUGGUAGUGUCCUCUCUCUCUCUCUUUAUCUGUCUGUCUUUCUCUCUCUCUCUCUGACCCUCCCCUUUAUGUCUUUCUCUGACAUAAGGAGCAAGUGUGUGAAGUGCUUGAUAGUAAAUCUGUAAAUGUGCAGUAAUAUCCAUGAACUUAAAUUGAUGGGGGUCAUGCACCCCAUAGUUUUUUUUUAUAUUCGGCGUACAGCUUUGAAUAGGCAUGCUGAAUAUCAUUUAGCUCAUAUAGGUUGCAAUGAAAACACAAAUCUGUAUUGUUUUUACAAAUGUAAAUUAAAUAUGUGCUUCAAGUCAAAAAUAGCCAUACCACAGGCUGAUUAUCUCCAUGCAUUAAUGCAUAGAAUUAUUUAGUUAAAUACUACCAUAAAUACUGAUGAUUUCAUGUUUUACAUCCUACGUACGAUGUCCUUGCCAAGUCCUUGCCAAAGAUUGAAAAACUUAAUUUCUUAUAAAUUCUCAAUAAACAAAUAAAAGCUGUGCCAUUUUAGAAUGUUUAUCUGAACCCUCAUAGCUCUUAAGCAACAUUGUCCUUAUAAAUAUAAAGCUAUGACUGAUGACAUUAGAUCAUACUUUGCACAGUGUUUUAGUGUUUGGAAAGGUUAAAACAAAGAGGAUAUCUCAUAGUGAAUCAGGGUUUGGACCUCUGGAGCCUCUGGGGAACACAGUCAUAGCCUUGCGUUAGGUCAACAAAUGGGGAUGGAUUGUUUUUUAAUUGCAGGGGUUGAGCGAACGGAAGCUGUUGUUGGAGCGAAUAUGCCCACCACCUGUUUGUUGAAUUUGCCCACCACCUGAUUCCAACUGCUCUGGUUCUCUUCAUUGAUUUAUUUCAAUUUAUUUUACCCAGGCCCUGGAAUAUAGCGCAUUACCGUUGAUGUGUUGCUUGGCUGUAGUCUUCUAAUUCAACACAGAUGAAAGGCUUUCUAGUUUAUAUGGUAACAAGAAGAAAAUUGACAAAUGCAUAUAUAUAUAUAUAUAUAUUGGUAACGUGUGUAUAUAUAUAUAUAUAUAUAUAUGUGUUAGCAUGCUCUAGUCUGCUACACAUGAAAAGGGAUUCUUUUGUGGCCAUUUGUUUUACCACCGAUUAAAUUGCUCUGUAGUUUCGGCCCCGAUGGUCUAAGUGUGUGUCUGUGUGUGUGUCUGUGUGAAAGCUGUCUGUGAUUAUGGGUCAUACUUCUCCACAAUGACCAAUGCCAGCCCCUGUCGCCCCAACCAGUUGAGCACACUCUGAGCGUGAGAGCGUCUGUGCCGGCGCACACUCUCCCCGUCUCCUGCACGGUGCAGUGCGGCCGAGGGCCGUGGGGUCAGACCACGUCUGGCCACGGUCACCAUCAAAACCUGUGAAAGUGUUUCAUUAACACUGACUGGCCAGCCAGCAGAGCAGCAGCUCUGAGCGUGUGAGGGAGAAAUAUGGGCAGCAGGUGGUGACCAGGGCAGGGCAGGGCAGGGCAAAGGCAGGUUGAGUGAUCUGAGGUCAGACGGAGCCCAUGGACAUGCACGCACGUGAGGUGUGUGGCUCCAGGAAACAGCUUUUGUAAUCAAUUAUGCCUUAGAGCUCUGCUUCCUCUGAGGUGGACUAACACCUCCUGGAUGGAAUGGGAUGGGGAAAACAGGCCAGAGCCAGAGGACUAUACGUGUGUUAGAGUUCACCUGUAUAAUAUGCCCUAUCUUAGCAUAAUUAACUAAUGUUUCUAAUAUGCUCAACUUACAGAAGCCUGUGUAUGAUUUUAAUAAUGGCUUCUUAAAGAAAUGCCAUGUGCUGUUAGCUCUUCUAUCAGUGGAGCCGUCUUUACUAAACAAGACAUUGCAUACCUAACAGAGGAUGACAAGGUGGAGGACAAAAAAACCCUUUAGUAAACAGUUGAAGGAAAAUGUUGGAAUAGCAUGGCCUUGCAGAUCACUUCCCCGAGUGGGCCAAUUGCUCAAUGUGCUUUCACUCAGGCCAUAUCUGGAGUUGCGUGAGAGAUUUCCAUAUCUCACACAGUCUUGUAAAUCACAAUUGAACAGUAGUAACUCAAAGAAUGAACCCCAAACACGGCUGGUUUCAAUUUCAGCCGCUGUGUCCUGCCAAGACUGGGACUGACUCAGAGACCACCCUUUGGUAGAGUGAGACUUAACUGGCCAGUUCACCUCAGAGUGCUCCAGUGCUGGGCUGCCCUCCUCACGUCAUGCCUCAGUGGCCCAGACUGAGCCCCCAGCCGAGGGAGCGCUGAAACAGACACGCACGCACACUUGCGUUCACACACACUCACACUCAUUCACACUCACACUCACACUCACCAGGCACUGCGCUGCUCAGCACUUGCCAUUCAUUUGCCAGGUCCACAAAAAAUCAUUAGCAUCUGCCAGCACGUGUGGAAUGCUUGUAUUCUGAGCUCUAAUCAGUUUACAAGCCACAGGUACAUCGCACCUCAGAUGUUAAAGCCCUUAAUAUGUGGGUUGAGAAGGAAACAGAACCUCUUGGCAUCAUUUUUGCACAGCCUACGUGUUUACAUUAAAUCGAAAAUGAAGGCGUGCCGAAAAAUAAAUGAACCAGAAGACGUUUGUUUGAAGUUCUCAGAAGUGUCAAAUGUUGCCAAAUGGACACAAAUCUUGUAUUUUGAAGAAGGUUAUUGAGCAUACUCUUACGCCCAAAAAGUCCCUAAGAUGAGAAUCACUCCAUUUAUCACACAUGUUCUUAAAAGAUCACUAGGCACAGGGAACCGAAUGUCAUUAACAUGUUCCUUCCCUUUACGGUCACAGUAGUUCAGUGUUUUCAGUCUCUCAUUUUGAAGUUCACUAAAUGGUUUGUUAUCUCCUUGGAUGUGUGUUAGAUGUCGAUCAAAGUUCACUGAUUCGUUGCCUUGGAGUCUUGGCUUUUUGGGGGAGUUUGGGUGAGGUUAUUAUGAAUUGUCCCUUAAGGUGUUGACCCUUUGAUGUGCCUUGGUAGCCACUCAGGGCCAUAUCAUUAAACAUUCUUUAGAGCUCGGUCACACAGGCCUGGUCUUGGCACGCG